GGCUGCCAAGUCCGGCUGCUGGUAGAGCCCCUAAAGACCGGGAUAUUUCAUCCCACAAGGAUACAGUUCCUCGGUCUCCUCUUCUGUGUACAACGAGGGCUGGAGACAGGGCGGCUCCAUGAGGGACAAGCAAGCUUUCGCGACCAUACGUCCUCGAAUAAGCAAAUCAACAGCUCACGAAGUACUCUCUUGUAUAUACAUACUGCGUAUAUCAUUCAGCUCCCACUACCCAUCUUCUCCUGCCCUAGACAGCGCCAACAAUCUCGCCCAUCCGGCAUGGCCCCGUCUCCGUGCCGUCUCCCUGCCCACUGUCAAGUCAACAUCACACUCACCAGCCAGCCAAGCGGCAGGGAGGUCAAGUGGAUAUCGUUGGACCAUGAUUAGGCGGGGACCAACGGGCAUAUCAACCGACUCAAUAACCUCUGUUCCCUCCCCUGUAAUAUACAGGCUGAUACAUGCAAUCACCACCCCAUCCCACAAUCAACUCCCCGCCCCAACCUCAUCAUCUCGAACAACGGUAGCAAUACCGUAUUCCCACAGAAAGUAUAGACGGGGAAAGGAAGAAGCAGCUAGAGGGAGGGAGGUGUGCGACGCAAGUAAAAGCAACGUACAAGACCCGCGGCUCCCUCAAAGCACAGGGGAUCCAGCAACUACAAAUGCAAGGCACCAAAUCCCCCAAACCAUCGAACACAGCGCGUCCCCCGGCACCAAGAUAGAGGAAAAGAGACACAUCCAUAAGUGAUUCUUUCGCGGCCAGUUUUUCCUGUCCUAACCUCAUCCCUAAUAAACCCCAUUACUCCAUGACGCACCAAUGUGAAUACCCCUUUUUCCUCCACUCUCGGAACCCCCCCAAUCCGCCAUGCUUGUCGUUACGAUG